AUGUCAGAGAGGCCAGUAAAGGACAAAAAUGGUGACUUGAUAACAGAUGAAGAGGACAAAAGAAGAGACUGGUCGAUCAUUUCCAAGAGCUUCUUUACAGACCUACUCCUGUCAACCCACCAAAGAUACCGCCAGCUGGUCAAGUCUCUAGAAAGUUCAUUGAAAGAAAAAGAGCAUGAGGUGAAACAGGAGCAGCAGAGAAACAGAGAGCUGGAUGCCAAAUUUAAGAAUCUACUCCAGGAGAAAGAAAGUAUUGAAGCUCAGCUUCAAAAAAUACUUGAUAAUCAUUACACAGAGAAGUCAGAGUUGAGUUCUAAGAUUAAAAGUCUUCAAGAAGAGAAAAAAAAAACUCAAAGAUGUAAGAAUUUAUGGAAGAAAGCAAUCGUAUUAUUGAUCACACAAAUACCAACCAGAAAAUCCAGCUGUGACAAGAAAAAUCAAGAAAACAAUGAGCCAACAAAGGUCAAAGAGCAAAACAAACAAUGUGAACAUUUGAGCGACUCUGACAGCACUGAAAUAGAUCUAGACAGUUCAAUUUUCCUGCAGGAAGACGUGGGAUUGCAGCCAAUAGACCAUGAACAACCAAGCAGCCAUUCCGUAAAAAAGGUUCAAGACCAGAAAAACAAGCGGUACUUAGAAAAAGCUCAAGCUAGGAGUGAAGAGAACUUGAGAAACACAAGCAAUGAAGUUAGUAACAUAAAGUCAAGGUUGAUAGAUGUGGAGCAUGAAAAAAUCAUGCUAGUGAAACAGCUGACACAAUUUAGAUCAAAAUACAAAUACAUAACCAGACAGAAAGACAAAGAAAUCCAGAGACUCAAAAGUGAACUGGAGCGUGUACAAAUUACAACUUGUGGAUUGUUCUUUGCAUUAUCAUUACAUGAUACAUUUCAUGUGAGGACAAAGAAUCCGCUACUAGCCCUAAACUUUUAUAAGCUCAACAGAGCAUCACAUCUUAAUUUAAUAUACUCCAGCUAUAUCGUGCUUUGGUAUUCAAUGUAUUUUAAUGUUUAAAAUAAAAAAGCUAAAUAUA